CACCGUAGUUAGAAGUGAGUGCUGCGUUCCCUAGCAGAAGAUUAGUACCGGCAGCAAGGUUGUGAUAACUGCACAUGAAUUUUCGACGCUGGUCGUCUUCUCGGGAAAGCGUGUGAAAGAUGAGUACCAUACAGGAGGAAGAAUUGAAGGAACUCCGGGACGAGAAGCGGAAUUCAACCAAAUAUGACAAUCGGAAAUCUGCAGCGUCUUGCGGGAUCGAUUGCAUUGGACGGCACCUUCGGCAACGGAUCAAUAUUCUGAACUGGAUUGGGACCUACGACCGAGAAGAUGGGAUAUCAGAUGUUAUCGCGGGUGUUACCCUUGGAUUGACCAUCAUCCCGCAGAGUAUUGCGUAUGCGGCCCUUGCCGGAUUGCCGUCGCAAUAUGGGCUGUAUGCUGCGUACAUGGGAACUCUGGUCUACGUCAUCUUCGGCACGGUCAAGGAGGUCUCCAUCGGACCAACGAGCCUGAUGGCCCUGCUAGCCGUCCAGUAUACGAUGGACAAACCCAUCCAGUACAUGAUCAUUCUGGCCUUCCUAGCUGGCCUAGUUGAACUGCUCAUGGGCGUCUUCAAGCUGGGCUUCCUGGUCAGCUUCAUCCCAAUUCCCGUCACGUCGGCGUUCACCUCUGCCACCGCACUGAUCAUCGUGGGAACCCAGCUGAAGCACCUCUUUGGAAUCCCGUCGAAAGCGCGAGGAUUUUUCCAAACCUUGUACAGUCUGGCCACCCAGGUCAUGGAGACCAAUCCUGGAGAUCUGAUUCUCGGAGGUUUCGCCAUCGUGUUCCUACUGGCUCUGCGACAGAUUACAAAACUUCCAAUCAAAGACGAUACACCACGAGGUAAGGCUUUGAAGAAGUUCCUCUGGUAUCUUAGUUUGUCAAGAAACGCAUUGAUCGUACUGAUUACAUCGGCCAUUGCCUUCAAAUGGCACGGCACCGGAGCGGAGGUGCCUUUCAAACUGUCCGGUCACGUAAAACCGGGCAUUCCAGGAUUUGAGCUACCGAUCUACAACGUCCAGUCGGGGAACGAAACCAUUACGUACUUUGAGGUCGUCAAAGACUUGGGAAGCAGUCUUAUUCUGGUACCGCUGGUAGCGGUCCUAGCUAACGUAUCAAUUGCCAAAGCAUUCACCGCCGGGAAGAUAGUCGACGCAUCGCAGGAAAUGAUUGCCCUGGGAUUGUGCAACAUUCUGGGGUCCUGCUUCAGUGCGAUGCCAACGUGCGGUGCGUUCACCCGAUCGGCCGUCAGCCAUUCCAGUGGCGUUCGGACGCCGUUGGCUGGUAUCUACUCGGCCGUCAUGACACUGCUGGCGUUGAGUUUACUCACUCCGUACUUCUACUUCAUCCCGAAGACGACUCUGGCCGCGGUUCUGAUCUGUUCGGUGGUCUUCAUGAUUGAUUUCAGCAUCGUGAAAGUCCUCAUGAAAGCAUCCAAAACAGACAUCCUCGCGUGGGGUGGUUGCUUCUGUGUGAGUCUGUUCGCCGGAGUUGAGGUGGGUCUGCUGUUCGGGAUCUUCAUCAGCAUAGUCGGUCUGCUGAAGGUUUGGGUGCGGCCAACCAUUCAACAGGAUUCGAUCGAAAACAAAGGAGUCCAAUACGUAAAACUCAGCCCGGAGACGGGAAUCUUCUUUCCUGCCGUGGAUUUCCUUCGAACGAAGGUGAUCGAGGUGGCAAACGAGCGGAAGGUUCCGAUCGUGGUGGACUGCACAUCGGUGAUAGGACUGGAUCAUACCUCUACCAAGGGUUUGAAGGAGCUGGCAAACGAACUGAUAAAGGUGAAGCAAAAGUUGAUUUUACUUAAUCUUAGGCCCUCGUUGAGGAAAACACUCCAGGAAGGUGACUCGGAGAUAUUCGUCUUCUGGGAGGACGAAGGUGAUAUGGGUGUCAAUAAUAGCAAUGUUGUUCAAAAUAUGUCUUGAGAGAGAUGCUUGCUCUCGGGAGAUGCCAUAGCUGUGAAAAUUUAUGUGUAAGAAAUAAAUGAUGAU